CAGUAGAAGGACUGUGUUGGAGGUAACUGGAGGACGCCUGUGUUUCUAACCCAUGGUUUGACAUGGACCACUGGGCUCUCCUGAUGGCGUGUGUGUGGAUCCAGGUCGCCAUUCCGGACGCGCCGGACAUGCCGGACACCUGUCCUCUGCUGUCCCUCACGUACGUUAACUUCUCCGUCCCCUACCCCAUGCCUUACUUCCGGAGCCGCGGCCCCGUCCAGAACGUGGCCGUCAACCUGGCCUUCAGGGAGGUGUAUGUGGCGUCGCGGAACGUGAUCGAGGCGGUGAACAGCACCCUGGGUAAAGUGUGGGAGCUGCGCACGGGGCCCGUAGGUGGCGGCGAUAGCGAGUGCGUGCUCUGUCGUCUGUGCGACCUGGAGAGUGACCCGCUGCCUGAGGACACGGACAACCAGGUGCUGCUGUUGGACACGUUCCUCAUGUACCUGUACUCGUGCGGCAGCUCGCAGUACGGCGUCUGCUAUUUCCACCAGCUGCACGAGGGCGGGCGUGCGCCCGCGCCCUCUCGCUGCCUCUUCCGCCGGGAGGUCAACUCGCCAGCCUUCUGUCCGGACUGCAUCGCCAGCCCACUGGGCACCAAGGUCAGCAUGGUGGAGGAGGGCCAGACGGUGUACUUCUACGUGGCGGCCACGGUCAACGACAGCGUCACGCAGCGCUACAGCCGCAAGUCAGUGUCGGUGCGCCGGCCUCUGGCCACCGAGGACGGCUUCCACACAGACGUUCGUGGCCUCACGGUGCUGCCGCGCCUUCGUCGCGUGUACGCCAUUGAGUACGUGUACACCUUCCACACACAGGACUUUGUCUACUUCCUGUCAGUGCAGCGGGAGAAGGCAGCGCAGGCCCCGUCGCCCUAUCAGACGCGGCUAGGCCGCCUGCCACGCCAUGAGCGGGAGACGCGCCGCUACCGCGAGGUCGUGCUCGAGUGCCGCUUUGAACCCAAGCGCCGGCGACGGAGGGAUGGGGCUGGGGGAGAAGCCUUCAAGGAUGUCGUCUACAACGUGGUGCAGGCGGCGCACUUCAGCAAGGCUGGCCGCGAGCUCGCCGAGGAGCUUGGCGCCGGGGACGAGGACAACAUCCUGUACGGUGUCUUCGCCGUCACCAAUGACUUGGGCAUCCCGGAGCACGACUCGGCGCUCUGCGCCUUCCCCGUGCACUCGGUCAACUCGUUCAUAGACGAGGGCGUGGAGGACUGCUGCAAGUCGGGUCCUGAGCAGCUGUCCAGGGGCCUGUGCCACUUCCAGCCGUGUGAGAGCUGCCCACAUGAGAGCAUGGAGCAUAAUGCUACGUGCAGAGACCAGCCCACGCUGGUGGCCCAGCCGUAUUACCGAGUGGACCUGUUCAACCGGGAGAUGCGCGGGACUCUGCUCACCGCCCUGCUCAUCACAACGAUCAAGAACAAGACGCUGGCUCACAUAGGCACGGCCGACGGCAGACUGCUGCAGCUUGUCCUGCGGAGGUCUAGUCCGGUGGUCUUUGCUAACUACUCUCUGGUGGAAGACCAGAGGGUGUCUGCCACUGCUGCAGUUCUUCCUCCAGACCACCUCCUGUUCGUGGUGGGGGAGAAGAUGUUCCAGGUGCCUCAGAGAGGCCCCGGCUGUCUCCACUUCCUCACCUGUGCGGCCUGCCUGACCGCACCCACGUUCAUGGCCUGCGGCUGGUGCUCAGGACGUUGUGCGUGGGAAGCCGAGUGUCCAGGCCACUGGGCCAAGGAGUCGUGUCCGCCUGUCGUCACCCAGUUCUUCCCAAAGACGGCCCCCCUCGAUGGUCAGACGGAGCUGUCUCUGUGCGGGUGGGGGUUCCAGUCUCCCCAUCGUCAUGCCAUCACCACUCGCACCCAUGAGGUGAAGGUGGGCGAGACGGCCUGCGUGGUGCAGCCCCUCAAGAGCAACAGCACACUCCUGAUGUGUAAGAUCCGCUCUGGUGCGAGCGAGCUACCGUUCCAGACGGUUAACGUCACGGUGAGGGUUGACGAGGGUCGUGUCUCUCCCGAGGGCCGUUACUCUAUCCAGGGCAGGGCCAGGAUGUCUGGAUUCAUCUUCGUGCUUCCCAACAUCAGUGAGGUCCAGCCUGAUUACGGUCCUGUGAACGGAGGCACACUCGUCACCAUCACAGGACCCUAUCUACACUCGGGGAGGAACAGGAAGGUCACUCUUGAUGGAGAGGACUGCCCCGUCCAGCGUGUGUCUGUGGAGCGGGGAAACCUGUCCUCCAUCGUGUGCGUGUCUCAGCCCGUCUCUGAGGUCGAGGACGUGGUGUUGCAGGUCUACAUCGACAAGUCCCGUGUCUCGCAGACGCGGGUGUUCCGCUACAAGCGCACACCUGAGAUCCUCUCCGUCCUUCCCGACUGCGGCUUCGACAGUGGGUCAAGGAUCGCCAUUGAAGGGAAGAACCUGGACUCUGUUUACAGGACAAUCAUCCACUUCAAACCCAAAGAGUCACAUCUGAAGCCGGUUUCCACUGAGUGCCGGGGCAAAGCCAGCGCCACCCGGAUGGAGUGCGUCACACCAGCCUUUCCCAGAGACGAGACGGAGGAGGGAGAGCUCUCCUUCGACAUGGACGGCGCUCUCGGCCUGUGGAAACAAGACUUCUCCUACCAUCCCAACGGGAUGCCUAUUCCCUUCGAGACAGAGGGCCACGUUCUCAUACUCUACCCUGGCUUUGACGAGGUGUCCCUACACCACCAGAAGCUCAACCUGGUGAGCUCCUGUAUGAAGAUCACCAUGACCGUGGGAGGCGUCGACUGUGGGGCAAAGGUCCUCGAUAAUGAGAUCACCUGCCGUAUCCCCAAAAACCUCACCAUCCCUAACGAGGGCUUGCCUGUGAAGAUCACAGUGAAUGGUCAUGUCCACAACGUGGGCACCGUCAUCCUGGUCAGUAACCAUUACAUGGUCGGCAUCGUGCUCGGCAUUUUAGGAGCUCUGGUGGCUGGCGCUGUGCUGGCCUUCAUCACCAUGAAACACCUGAGGAAGAAGAAGACAGAUUCUCUGGCUGAGAGCAGGCUGACCCACUACUCCCACAACCACAGUUUCUCUGGUAACAGCAGUGUGGAGCUUCUGCCUGCUGGAGACUACAGACGAGCAGAUGCGGCUGUCAGCCCGACCCCCGUGCCCGCUGGGGCAGGGGCGUUCGCCGGCCUGGGAUAUGGCAGGACACUGGACUCCAGCCUCGCCCCUCUCAUGCCCCCUGAGAAGAUCUCUAUCUCCAGCUUUCGUCCAGAGCUCCUGGAGGAGGUGAAAGACGUCCUCAUACCGGCAGCCAUGCUGAACGUGCAGCACCAUCAGGUCAUCGGCAAGGGUCAUUUUGGCACGGUUUACCACGGUUACCUCACUGACCACAACAUGAGGGAGAUCCACUGCGCCGUGAAGUCCCUCAACAGAAUAACGGAUGUAGAGGAGGUGGAGCAGUUCUUGAAGGAGGGCAUUCUGAUGAAGGGCUUCCACCACAGCAACGUGCUCUCCCUGCUGGGGAUCCUACUCCCACACGAAGGGCUCCCCCUGGUGGUGCUGCCCCACAUGAAGCACGGAGACCUGCGGCACUUCAUACGCUGCGAGGACAGGAACCCUACGGUAAAGGAUCUGAUUGGCUUUGGACUUCAGGUUGCCAAGGGGAUGGAGUAUUUGGCCCAGAGGAAGUUUGUACACAGGGACCUGGCAGCCCGCAACUGCAUGCUGGAUGAGUCGUACACAGUGAAGGUGGCAGAUUUUGGCAUGGCUCGAGACGUGUUCGACAAAGAGUACUACAGCAUUCAGGACCACCGCAAGGCCAAGCUGCCUGUCAAAUGGAUGGCCAUUGAGAGCUUGCAGACCCAGAAAUUCACGUCCAAAUCUGAUGUGUGGUCUUUCGGGGUUCUGACGUGGGAGCUGCUGACUCGAGGCGCGAGCCCUUACCCAGAGAUCGACCCCUAUGACAUCACACAUUACCUCCUGAGGGGGCGGAGACUGCCUCAGCCCCAGUAUUGUCCGGAUCCUCUGUUUGCCAUAAUGCUACAGUGUUGGGACCCAGAGCCAGAGAGGAGACCCAGCUUCUCUACGCUUGUGUCGGUGGUGACCACUAUCCUCUCCGGCCUGGACGGGGAGCACUACAUCAGCCUGAACAUCACGUACGUCAACCUGGACCACCCAUGCCCGUACCCCGCCCUCACCGACUCUGCCGACGAAUACGAGUCUUCGGAUGCCGAUGAGGCGGGCUCGCCCUCUGCCUGAUUGGCAAAAUGCCCCGUCACUCAUACGGAAGGUUCCGAGAGGGCACGUGCCAAUGAUUAGCGCUUAUUUCUAAAGUAGAGGUUUCUCACAGUGUAGAGAGAAGCCAGGAAGAAACGAGGCUGGUUAUUCCCUCUACGGAAGUCCUGGAGAACAUGGAGGCUGUGUUUUUCUGAAAAGCUUAGAAGCGCAGUGAAGUUACAGUCUCCAGCGUGCGUUUAGGGGGAUAUUCGCUCUGUCAUAUGGACAUUGCUGCAUGCCGUGUUUUGGGGAAACAGCGUGGUGUGGGGGUUCUGUGGCUAUGACGUUCUUGACUGAACCCUCAUCGGCUUAAGCGCUGAGUCAGCUGUAUGAGCUGAAUCAGGCACGUGUCACUUUGGGGGGGCGGGAUGC